UUAGGGAAGCCUUAUAUUAUUGCAGUGAGAUGUUACAUAGAAUUUCAUAUUUAUUUUAAAAAUUAGUAGUUAUCGGAAGUAAAUAUAUUUUAGAGUUAAGGUGUUCAACUAGACAAUUUCAUUUUUAUUUACACUUAUUUAUAUCCUUAAAUAAAAUGGAGGUUACGCAAAAUCUAGAAGAUGGCGUUAAGAACAAAGAAGGGCCAGAUUAUAACUUGCAAGGUGGAAAGGCAAUGGCAAGUGUUGAAGCAGGGGAGGAGAUAGUUAUUUCAGGUAUGUCCGGAGUUUUCCCUAAUUCCAAUAAUAUUCACGAAUUUAGGGAUAAUUUAUACAACAAGGUCAAUAUGGUGUUGCCAAAUAGAAGGUGGGAUCUAAUUCACCCAGAAAUUCCUCCUUGUUCAGGCACUAUUCCAGAUAUUGAACAGUAUGACCGUGGAUUCUUUGGCGUCCACGAACGACAAUCAGAUUCAUUGGACCCAGUAUCGUCACUAGUUCAUGAGAAAACAAUAGAGGCCAUUUUGGAUGCGGGUUUAAACCCUCUCGACCUGGAGGACACCAGGACUGGUGUAUUCAUGGGCGCUUGUUAUUGUGAAAAUGAUAAAAUGUGCUACUUCGUUAACCUGGUCCCAAAUGCCUACGCUAUGACUGGAGCGCAAAGGUCUAUGAUAGCACAUCGACUGAGUUACUUCUUAAAAUUGAAAGGGCCGUCGUACGUAACUGACACAGCUUGUAGUAGUUCUUUGUACGCAUUUGAACAUGCUUACCGAGCCCUUCGACGAGGAGAGAUUGACAACGCUAUCGUCGGUGGAGUGAACAUUUGUUUGCAUCCGUUACUAAACCUGCAGUUUGCAAGAUUGGGAGUUCUAAGUAAGGACGGUACUUGCAAGACAUUCGAUGAAGAAGGUAACGGCUAUGCCAGGUCAGAAGCUGUGGCGGUUCUGUUUCUUCAGAGGGCGAAAAAUGCCAAAAGAAUAUAUGCUGAGGUGGUUUACGCCAAAACGAAUUGCGACGGAUAUAAGGAGCAAGGAAUCACUUUUCCCUCCAAGGAAAGACAAGCGGAACUGUUGACUGAAUUCUAUGAUGAAUGUGGCGUUGACAGAUACGGCCUCAGCUUCUUGGAGGCCCACGGGACAGGUACUACUGUUGGAGAUCCAGAAGAAUGUUCUGCCAUCGACGACGUUCUCGUAAAGCGGAGAACAGAACCUUUGCUGAUAGGUUCCGUCAAAUCAAACAUCGGACAUUCAGAACCAACAUCUGGUAUCUGUUCGAUUAUUAAGUGUAUUAUUGGUAUGGAAACUGGGUUUAUUCCUCCUAACAUACAUUACAAUAAACCAAGGCCAGAAAUAAAAGGACUAGUAGAAGGAAGAAUGAGAGUGGUUACAGAAAAACUUAAAUUAAAGGACGACAAAGGAUUAAUGGGUGUUAAUAGUUUUGGGUUUGGUGGAGGUAACUGCCAUGUACUAUUGAGGUGGAAUCCCAAGACUAAAGUCAAUAAUCAUGGUAUUGCAAAGGACAAUCUACCUAGACUUGUAUGUGUCAGUGGCAGAACAGAAGAAGCUGUUAGAAGCUUACUCAGUACUGUUGAUGUUAAUAAAUUUGACACUGAAUAUAUAAAAAUAUUACAAGAAAGUUUCAGGAAUAAUAUAGAAACCCAUGUGUUUAGAGGUUACACUAUAGUAUCCCGUUAUAAUGAAUUUGCAAGGUCUGUCAAAUUCCUUCAAUAUUUUCCUCACGAUUCUGUACCGCUCUAUUUUGGCUUCGGGAAGAUGAAUAAAUGGUAUGACAUCGGCUGUGAUCUCAUGGCACUCUCUACAUUCUCCAUGUGUAUUCAAAGGAUACAAAAGGUUCUGUGCCAAAAAGUAAAUAUAUUAGAUGUCUUACUUAAGAAAUCUAACAAUGACAUAGACACUUUGCUUGGAAGCUCUGUAGUUCAGAUGGGUCUUAUUGAUUUAUUCAAUUUAGUGGAAGUAAAACCAACCGGGAAACGCGGAUAUCCAUUUGCAGAUUUACUAUCUUCGUAUUGUGAUGGAACACUGUCUUUGGAAGAAACUAUUAAUUAUAUUUUUUCUAUAAACAAGGCCUUAAAUGAUAUAGUAUUAGACUCCAACAACAACAAUAAUCUGGAAAACAACGCUACGGUAGAUAGCCACAAAAUAAAUGGUCAUAGCUUCCAGAAUGGAACUACAACGACAAGUGACUACGUUGGCAUAUCUCUUAAAAUUAAAAUUUCGUCUUCAAUUAAAGAUCAUGUAUUGCAAGGUGUGCUAAAUGAACUAGGGUGUUCAAAAAGUAACGAAAACAAUAGAAGAACUGAACACUUUGUAGACACGGUAUUUAACAAUAUACUCCAAAAUUCUGAUGCAUUGAGUCGAGAUUCGGUCCUACUCAAAAUUGGAGACAGCCUAUCAGAGGAACUGGAAGACGUUUCUGUUAUUCCACUAUUUAAUAAAGAGAGUGGAAGCUACUUAGCAGAAUUUUUUAAAGCACUUGGAAGCUUGUACGAAUUUGGGUUCAAUCCUCAGAUAAGUAAACUUUAUCCUCAUAUCCCAAUUCCUGUGAGUAGGGGAACAGAAAUGAUAUCUCCUUAUAUAAAGUGGAACCAUCGAAAACCUAAAAGUAUACCAACAUAUCACACAGAAAAUUUGAAAAAUGAUAUCAAGUGCGGCGAGAGAGUGGUUCUUAUUAAUGCUGAUGAUAACGAAUGGAAAUACAUCGAAGGACAUGUUAUUGACGGUAGAAAUAUAUUUCCUGCUGCAGGAUAUUUAUAUCUAGUAUGGGAAACCUUCUCAAAUUUAAAUAACUUAGAAAUUAGUUUUUCGCAAGUUUGCUUUGAAAACUGUAAAUUCAUCAGGGCCACCACAGUGCCCAAGCAAAGUUAUAUCAGCCUACAGAUCAACAUUCAAUCGGGCAAUGGCAAUUUCGAAGUUACGGAAGGGACUUCCAUAGUGGUUACUGGAAGGAUCUCCUUAUUGACACCAGAGUCUAAAAACUUAUCACAUAAUUGUGUGCCAAUUGAAACCUCUUCAGGCCUUAAAUUAAAAAGCAAAGACGUCUACAAGGAGUUGAGAUUACGAGGAUACACAUAUAAGGGAGGUUUUCGUGCAAUAGAGGAAUGUGACAGUUCCGCCUCGACGGCUUACAUAAAAUGGGAUGACAAUUGGGUCACCUUCAUUGAUAACAUGCUUCAACUGAAGAUUUUACAAUCCGACACUAGGUUGCUUUAUGUACCAACCUACAUUUCUAAACUGACUAUAAUGACAAAAACUCAUUUGCAGCUAUUGGACAAUGUAGUACGAAAUGAACAAAAUUCCAUUGUUCUGCCAGUAAUCAACGAUGUGAAAACUGGAGUAAUAAGAUCUGGCGGUAUAAGUAUUUGGGGUUUAAUAGCUAGCUCAAUUCCAAGGAAAAAGUUAUUGGCUGUUCCAGUAUUAGAAAGCUACAAAUUCGUUCCUAACUUUACGGAGAUAGAUUUACACCAAUCUGUAAGAGUAAACAUGCAAAUAAUCCUAGAAAACAGUCCAACUCGUAAAGUUAAAGCUAUUGAACUCAUUGAUGAAUUUACCAAAGCAGAUACAAUUUCAUUGAUGCCUGUCCUGAAACUAGCCCUACAAGAUCAACCUCUUAUACAACCCACUCUUAAGAUAUUGAGUAAAACUCCUCUUCCAGAGAUAGAUAUAGACGUUGAAAAUAAAAAAUUGGAAAGUGAAUCAGACUGCAUGCUCGUGAUUGCUUCAAACAUCUUAGGAAGAAAUGAUAUUUUGGAAAAAACUUUUUCUGUGCUAACAGAAAAUGCUUUCAUUCUAACUCGAGAAUCUCCAAAAUUCGACACGCCUAAAAAUUUGAGUCACAAUUUAUCAGUUUUUACAGUGCACUACACCUCAAACGAAACAUUUGUCCUUCUUCGUAGAAGAGGUAUAAUAAACAAACCUAAAUACGUCCAAGUGAACGACAUACAAGACUUUCACUGGUUAAGAGGAGUGCAGAACGCAAUCACUAAAGAGAGAUACCAAAAUUUGAUAUUGUAUUCAGAAAAUGAAUACAAAAGUGGCGUCUUGGGUCUGGUCAAUUGCCUCAGAAGAGAACCGCAGAGUCAAAAUGUCAGGUGUUUGCACAUAAUGGAUGAUCGGGAAGUGUUUAGGCCUCAGGUGGCAUUUUAUCGUGAUCAGUUGGAAAAAAAUAUGGCCAUUAAUAUUUGCAAAAAUGGCCAAUGGGGUACCUACAGACAUCUCUUAUUGGAAAGAGAAAACUUUGUAGAGAGCGAUCACUGCUUCCUAAAUUCAAGUCUAAGAGGAGAUUUGUCCAGUCUAAAAUGGAGAGAAGGCUCUCUCCAUCGCCACAUGAAAGAACAAACUGAAGAGGAAUUGAUCACUGUAUAUUAUAGCGCUCUAAACUUUAGAGAUAUUAUGACUGCUACGGGAAAAAUAAAUGUAGAUGUUAUAACGCAGGACCGUCUGCAGCAGGAGUGCGUUCAAGGAUUCGAAUUUUCAGGAAGAGACAGUAGAGGAAGGCGUUACAUGGGCAUGGUAAGCUGCGGGGCUCUCUCUACACUGGUAUUAGCCGAUAUCCACAUGAAGUUUCCUAUUCCUGACAGCUGGAGUUUGGAAGAAGCAGCUACAGUUCCUGUGGUUUACGCUACUGUCAUAUAUUCCUUAAUAAUUCGAGGACAAAUGGCAAGAGGCGAAAGCAUAUUAAUACAUUCGGGCACCGGUGGAAUCGGACAAGCGGCUAUAAGACUGGCUUUGUACUACGGAUGCACAGUGUUCACGACAGUCGGUACUAAGGAAAAACGUGAUUUUCUGAAGAAGACCUUUCCACAACUUAAAGAUAAACAUAUCGGCAAUUCUCAUGACGAAUCCUUUGAGCAGUUGGUUCUCGCCGAAACUAAAGGCCGAGGUGUCGAUAUGGUGCUGAAUUCUUUGGCUGAAGAAAAAUUAGUGGCGUCCGUUAGAUGCCUUGCAAAGAGGGGCAGAUUCAUCGAAAUCGGAAAAUUCGAUUUAGCCAAUAACCACCAUCUUAGCUUACUCCUGUUCCAAAAAUGCAUAAGCUUCCAGGGUGUCAUGUUGGACAAAUUGUUCAGUGAGUCUCCCAGAGUUAAGCAAGAAUUAUUUAAAAUAAUGACGGACUUGAUAAAGCGUGGAACUAUUAAACCUUUAAACAGGACAGUGUUCAAUUACAGUGAAGUGGAGCAAGCUUUCAGGUUCAUGGCUACAGGAAAACACAUGGGAAAAAUUCUGGUCCAAAUUCGAGAGCCUGAAAAGGAACUUAUAGUGCCCCCUUCUCCUUCAAAAUUCCGCGGGAUCUCAAGAUAUUUUUGUAAUUCUGAGAAAGUUUACUUAAUUGCUGGUGGACUGGGAGGUUUCGGAUUGGAAUUGGCCGACUGGUUGAUUCUUAGAGGAGCCAAAAGAAUCGUGUUAACGUCAAGGAAGGGAAUUACCAAUGGAUAUCAGGAGUACAGAUUACGAAUCUGGAAAACGUAUGGCGUUACAGUGAAAAUAUCAACAGCUCCUAUAACAACAAAAGAAGGGUGCAAACAGCUCAUAGAAGAAUCAUUACAGCUGGGUAGCAUAGACGCUGUUUUUAAUUUGGCUGUGGUUUUGGCCGACGGAGUUUUCGAAAACCAAACCCGUGAAAAUUUCAUCGUUUCUUUUGGGCCCAAAGCAUAUGCUAUGCAGUAUCUUGAUGAGUUUACGAGAAAGAUGUGCCCAGACUUAAGCCAAUUUGUAGUAUUUUCGUCUGUAUCAUGUGGGCGAGGAAACGCCGGUCAAACUAACUAUGGAAUGUCCAAUUCCGUGAUGGAAAGAAUAUGUGAACAAAGGAGACAGGCAGGUUAUCCCGCAAUGGCCAUCGAAUGGGGAGCAGUUGGAGAGGUAGGACUGGUUGCUGAAAUGAUGGAAAAUGACAAGGAAAUUGAGAUAGGCGGGACGUUACAGCAGAGGAUAUCCAAUUGUCUCCAGGUGUUGGAUACUUUAUUGAAGCAGAAAGACGCCGUCAUCGUGUCCAGUAUGGUGGUAGCCGAAAAAAAAUUAUUAAGUUCUGCGGACAAUGUCGUCGAUGCUGUUCUCAAUAUAUUAGGUAUAACUGAUUCCAAAUCGGUAAGCUUACAUUCAACUUUGGCCGAAUUGGGUAUGGACUCAAUGACGGCCGUCGAAAUUAAACAAACUUUAGAGAGAGAUUUUGAGGUGUUCCUUGCUGCAAAAGAUGUCAGAAGUAUAACGCUAUCAAAAUUGAGAACUAUCCAAGAUGAAAAAGUAGUAAAAGAUAACACAGAAACCGACGGUUAUGUUGAUAUUGAUAUGUUAUUUAGACUGCUCGGUGAUACAACUUGUAAUCCUUUGCCUUAUCUAGAGUUGGAAUCGAAAGUUCCGCAAAAUUCGGAGGCUCCCACGAUACUACUGUUUCCAGGAAUUGAAGGAGGGCCCAGUGUAUUUCAAAGUUUCACAAAAUACCUUAACGCCCACACCGUUGGUCUAAAUUUGAACUUAGAUGUCAGUUGCAAAAGUAUUGUCGAAAUGGCGCAAUCACUGGUGCCUACUGUGCAGCGGUACUUCCCUGAGAAAACAUUUACUUUGGUGGCCUAUUCUUUUGGAACUGUAAUGGCAAUAGAAGUGGCCUAUAUUUUGGAAUCUCUAGGAUACAAUGGCACGUUAAUAUGUAUUGAUGGAUCGCCGUUGUUCAUGAAAGAGAUGUUAAUUGAUUUUGGCAUAGAAAUCGAGAAGAACUAUGAAACGACAAUAUUAUGUCAUAUGCUUUCCUUUUACGUCUCAUUAGAAGUAAUUGAGAAGCAUAAGGAGACCAUUCUGAAAUGUGUAAAUUGGGAUGAAAGGCUGAACUUCACGUUAGAAUUAAUCAAACAGAACACCGUUCAUGAUGUGGACUACCAAAGAAUAAUUGCCAAUGGAAUUUACAAGAGAUUAAAAGCCUUGAUGACCUACACUCCAACUUAUACCAAACUAAAAGCAAACAUAGCUCUAGUCAAGCCAAGUCAAGUUAGUUCAAGGAGUCUUCCUGAAGAUUAUGGAUUAUCAACAUAUUUUGAAAAACCUGUCAAAAUCCAUACUUUUGAGGGAAACCACAUCACCAUCUUGGAGAAUGAAGCAACGGCAGAAGAGAUAAAUUCGUUUCUUAAGAAAGAUGCUGGCGACGCAUGAAGAUAGUUGUUUGUUAAUUAUGUGAAUAAAAUUCUUAAAUAUA